UUCGUUUUUAAUAUGCCGCUUUAUUGACAAGUUGAACGCUAUGGUUACUGGCUGAUGUACAGUGUGUCGGCAGUGUCGGCUUAUAAUAUGGCAGUUAUACCUGUGACUACGUGGUAUACCACCUAAGUACUCGAUGCAGUGAGAACCCGGACGGCAAACUCGUACUCUGCCAGCGGUGUAUGGCGUGUGCUGAAGUCCUGCGUCCGUUGUCUUGUUCGUGAUCACAUCAGUUCAGCCAGAACUCAGUGUAAAAUGGGUGAAGGAUAUGCAACAAACAGACAUGGGGUGUGAAAACACCAAAGUGGCCAGCGUCGUGGAGGAAGUGGAAGAGGAGCCGGAGGAGGGGGACUCUCCAUUCACGGAGGUACAAAUAGACAUGAUUCGCAGCACCUGGCCUGUGGUCUCUCGAAAUAUGGAGUCCAUCGGGACGAGUGUAUUCCUUCGAAUAUUUGAGAUGGCCCCUUAUAUCAAGGAUAUGUUUCCUUUCAGCCACGCGAUGAAGUUCAUGGAGGUCGUGGAUCUACUAGUGCGGAAUGUAGAAAGUCUAGAGACUGACGUGGACAUGUCUUUGCUUUCACUCGGUGCCAAACAUGCCACAUUUAAAGACUUCGGAACAGAGUACUUCACAAUUUACUCUAAUGCUUUACUCAGUGUCUGGGAAUUUACCUUAGGCGAAGAGUAUUCACCGGAAAUUCACGAUUCCUGGCAGGCUGUAUUCGAGUACAUUCGCCUGGCCCUAACACAUGGAUAUGAAUCUGUGGUACAUUUUAACAAAUAUGGAACGAAUGGCGAGUGAUCACCCAGUCAAGGCUAGAGAAUGCACGCACCAUGAAAUAGUAACAUUGACAUAAAGGAAAUAUCUCUUAAUGGCAGUGUCAAUAAACCGCUGGUUUUGUAAAUAGUUUGGAAUUAUACUUCUUCACAACAAUUUGUAGUUUCAAAUACACCGGUGUCCGUCCAGAUUAACUUUGUACAUUACCGUUUUUAGACAUUUCCAGCACUUUUUAUUCCAGUUCGCGUUUGCCACAGUUAGAAGUAAGCCUACUGGCGCAAAAGUCGGUAGGCCUGCAAUGGUAUAUUUUUGCAACCUCGGUUUUUUCAUGAAGGGUGCACUAUUUUUCGCUUUACUUUCUCGCACAACAAUCUUGCAGAUGGGGAUAAUUUAUUUGUGGGCCAUUAUUUCUGUCACCAUACAUUGAUCGAAUUGUCCUGUUUGCUCCUUUCCUGUUUGAGUGCUACUGUUAUACUCUCUGUUAAACAUAUUGCGUAUUUAUACUCCAAUGUGCCAGUGUACUUAGAGAUUGACGAUGUUUUGCGGAAAUCUUCUCUUCUACUCGAUUACUGCCUUCUUCAGAACAUUUUUAUCGAUAUGGCUGGGAGUUGGUGUUAUAAGGAUUGUUAUGAAAAUAAAA